AGAUAUCGUUGCGGGAGCAUGUUUGCCUACAUAAAUUAUGAAACUCGUCGGACCAGCUCUUUCGAGAAGGCGAACUUCUUUUUUACUGACGUCUGUGCAUCGAACUUUAAUCCACGUGUAAAUUUAUCCGGGUUUAAAACUUGCUUCAGAGACCCAGAUUGAGGAGGUAUAAGAAGGAGGAACAUCGCGUAGAUCACGGUAAUCUUGAUUUUCGACGAUUUGCCGUCACGUCGCGAUUAAGAAAAAUGAUGAGGUCCUUGGCGCUCCUUUGCCUGAUCGUCGCCUCCGCCGUCGCUGGACCACCGGCUGGCGUCUCCGAGGAAUCCCUGUCGCCUCAAUGUCAAACCCCGAAGUGUCCGGCCACGAAAAUCAAGGACGACUCGCCGGUCACUUUGCCUUACCCCCUGGACUGCUUGCAGUACAUCGUCUGCGAAGAGUCUGGCCCUCGCACAGUGGCGUGUCCGGGUGAUUUGGUCUUCAACAAGAAUACCGGCAUGUGUGACACCCGGCAAAACGCGAACUGCGUACCUUGUUGGCAGGGUUGAGCAUCCAGCGUUUCCACAUUGUAGAAGAUAAUAGAUAUACCUCGGCUCUUGCGAAAUUUUUAAAAGUAUUCUAAGAUUUUCUAAAUGUUUUACCUCUAAUAAUUAUAGGGCAAACCAUUUAUUGUUUCUACGCAAAAAUAAAAUGGUUAUACUCAUGUCUUUA